AUGUCUUUUGCCUUUUCUUUUUCAGGGGACGAUAUAGACGAGGCCCAGGUCCAGGCGGACGCCAGCAUCCCGAGCCAGUCAGCCGAGACAACGGCGGCCGCUGUUGCUGCUGCUCCCAGCACCAGCAGCAGUGCAUUUCCAGUUGCUGGUAAGCCACUGCUCCCUGCUGUCCGCCAUGACCUGAAGCACAUGCUCUCGGCGCUCCCCUCCAAGGUCGCCUUUAGCACCUUGGACGUCCAGCUCGACGGAGGCGAUGUAAUCAAGCUGCCGCGCCGCGAGCUAUGGGACGUGCGCCUGCAGCUCAUGGCCGAGGAGGAGGACGGCGGCGAGGCGGAGCCCGGUCUGGGAAGCCAUGAUGUCAAGACCGGAGUCUAUGAAGGCGGCUUCAAAUCCUGGGAGAGCAGCGUCGAUCUCGUCAAGGUUCUGGAAAAGUCGUCGCAAUCGCUCUGGACGUCGCAGGAUGAGGUUCCCUGCGUGAUCGAGCUUGGAUGUGGCACAGCCCUGCCUUCGUUGGCUCUCUUCCAGUGGGCCAUCUCGGCCCGCAGAGCCACAGGCCCUAGACCCUUGUCCAUCAUAUUGGCCGAUUACAACUCUACUGUCCUGCAACUCGUAACUUUGCCCAACUUUGUCCUAUCGUGGGCACUGCAGCAUGCUGCAGACUCGCCCUUGCUCAUGGCCGCCUUUGAGGCAGUCGAGGGGGAGCUGGAGCUCACACCCGAGGUCCUCCAAGCCUUUGAGGAGUUCCUGGCUGCUCAGCAGAUCAGCCUGCAGUUCCUCUCCGGUGGCUGGUCGGACGAGUUUGUCGAGAUCGUCAAGGCAGCGCAAGCAUUGCCGAAUGUCGCAAACCAGAAGCAAAGAAUGGUUGUACUCGGAGCGGAGACCAUUUACUCCCCGUUUGCUCUGCAGGCUUUUACCGAGACCAUCUUUGCCCUCAUGAGGCACUCGCAAUCGACCGGUAGCACGGCAGAAGUCUUUGCUGCCGCCAAGAGACUCUACUUUGGUGUGGGCGGUUCGCUCGAUGAUUUUAUCCUCAAGUCUCGAGAGCUUGGCGCGACGGUUGAGCAGCUCCGGGAGGAGACUGAGGGCGUCCGCAGGGGCGUGGUCAAGUGCUACCUCAAGGCAUGA